UUUUAUUGGUAAAUUAUAAGCUUGUGCAGUAAUGGAAAGUAAGUGCAGUAAUGGAAAGUGUGAAUAAAACAUAUGUUCACUAUUAUAUGCACUCUUAUUUUAAAUUUCCAAGUUGGUAUCUGUGCAAGCAUACUUAUGUCAAAAUCAGCUGUCAACAAAAAGAAUAAUUACUUAAAAGAAAAAAAUUAAAAUGGAUAACGAAACAAAAAAGAUCCUAUUAGAAUAUUUAUUGGACUCAUCAUCAAGCAGUGAAGAAAGCAGUUCAUCAUCAGAACUUGAUCGCUUAAUGAGCUCUGAUGAUUCUUCAUCUGAUGAGAAGCACGCAAGCGUUUCGAAUUUUAUGAAAACUAUCGAGGAUUAUAGUGAGCUCGGUUACAAAUCCCACUUCAGGUUGAAUCGCUCAACAGUAGAGAAAUUGAUAGAAAAAUACUCUCAAUCAGAUUUUUUUUCAUCAAGACCGAAUCAUGGAGGCAAAACAAAAAUUGAACCCAGAAAAGAAGUGUAUGUAUAUAUAUGGUACGUUAGCAUCACUCUGACAUUUCGGCAAUUGGAAACCUAUUUGGAAUUGCAACGUCGUCAGCAUGGUCUGUAG